AUGAACGGUGUAAUAGAGGCGCUGCACAUCUACGAUGAGCAUAGUCGCGCGAUCCUCUCUCAUACCUACGCCUCUCGUCCACUUUCCGCGAAUCAUCUUCUACCGCUUUAUCUCGAGCACCCAACUCCGAGACCCAACCUGAUCUACCUAUCAAAUACUAAUCCACCGACACUUGUGUUUAGCCUUACGCAUGCGAAUCUACUUUACCUAGCUACCUCUUCCUCCGAAAUUGAACCUCUCCUUGUUCUUGAAUUUCUCCAUCGCAUCAUCGACGCUCUCGAAGAAUUCCUUGGCGCUCCGGUCUUAGCACACAAAAUCGAAGCAAACUACGAUGUCGUUGCUCAACUUCUUACUGAGAUGUGCGACGCCGGCACCAUCAGCACUACCGAACCAAAUGCCCUGAGAGACGUGGUCGAAGUAGAAGGCCUUUUAGGGAAAUUAUUAGGUAGCAUCAACCUACCUAGCAAAUCUCCAAGCCUUCCAAGUACAGCAUCCCUCGUAGCUCAGAGUGCGCCGGCGUUACCUUGGAGACGAGCGAACGUACGGCAUACGUCGAACGAACUCUAUGCCGAUGUUGUAGAGACCCUCACAGUUACUCUUGCUCCAUCCGGCAGGCCUAUUGCAGCGUUUGCGAAUGGCACUAUCGCGUUUACAUCUAAAGUAUCCGGCGUACCAGACAUACUCUUGAAUCUUACGGGGCCAUCGGGAAAACACAAUCUAAAAAGCGUCAUGGAACUUCCAGUAUUUCAUCCAUGCGUACGAUUAAACAGAUGGAAAGAUAACCCCGGAGAACUUAGCUUCAUACCUCCUGAUGGACGUUUUAUUCUUGCGGGCUACGAGGUAGAUUUACUACCCUUUACUAAUGGGAAGAGUGGGAAUUUCAACUCGAAUAGCCUACGGCUCCCAGUGAAUAUAGAGGUCAAGACGGGGUUAGGGUUAACGGGUUCCGAAUUCGAGGUGCGGCUCAACAUCAACAGGAAUUUUGGGCCUUCUAAUUCCCUGAUGUCUGGGUCUUCCGGUAGGGGAGGAGGCCCAGGCGGAAGAGGCUUCGGUGGGACACAUUCUGGCUCAGCCGCCGCACCAUUAUUGCAAGAUCUUAUAGUCUCGGUACCGUUGCCUUCCGAGGUUAGAAACCUCCUGGAUAUUCGGCCAAGCAAAGGAGACGCAAGUUUUAACCCGGGAGACAAGGUAUUGGAAUGGGUUAUACCAACCAAGGAGCUUUCAUCCGGGACAUCAUACUAUGGUCUUCGAUGCACAGUGCAAGGCCCUUUAGCCGAUAACCAAGAGGAUGCGGAUCCUAAUGGGUUUGGCUUCGGUAGGGAAUACACCUACGAUGAACCGUACCAAAGUAGUACAAACAGCAAAGCCAGAAAGACCGAGGGAAGCUCUGAGGAUGAGAAGGAUGCGAAGAAAAUAGCCCAGAAUAAGAUUCUGAUGCCAAGUUCCGCAUCCGUCAGUUUUUCGGUUAAGGGGUGGUUGUCAAGUGGAAUUAAGGUUGAGAGCAUCCAAAUCGACGCAAGGAAAAGUCGUGGCCUCGGUGAGGGAGUAAAGCCGUAUAAAGGGGUGAAGUAUCUUACUAUCAGCCAAGGAGUUCAGAAAGUUGGGAUGCUUACGCCUUGGCUGGAAGCCUUUCCGCGCACAGCCGCGCGUAUCAUGGAUGAGAUUGACAGCUACAUGGGAUAUAAGCUAUCUGACAUAAUACAAGAUGGACCAAGUCGAGUGUUAACCGCGACACCUAACGCUCAGCCUGCGAUCAUGGCGACCUCGAUCCUUAUCCUUCGCAUACUCGAGAGCGAAUUCGGGUUCGAUGUUUCCAAACGAGUAGACGUAUCCCUUGGACAUUCGCUAGGUGAGUUCGCAGCUCUAGUGGCAGCCGGAGUGCUAGAGUUCGAGGAUGCUUUAUAUAUGGUUAACUUGCGCGCGGAGGCUAUGGCGGAAGCCACUCGUCGAUCCAAGGAAAAAUACGGGGGCGAAUAUGGAAUGGUAGCUAUCGUCACCGAAUCUGAAUACCUGAACUCUCUCAUCGAGGCCAUAGACGAGUUUGUGGGGUACCGCAGUACAGGUGCAAGGGGUGAAAGCGCCGAGUCGAUGAAGCCGAUCGAUCAAGUGCUCAUAGCAAAUGUGAACAGCAAGAACCAGAUCGUGUUAAGCGGGAGCGUGCACCGAAUAAAGGAGCUCGUAGCUCAUGUCCGGCAGUUUCUUGGCCACGACCCGAGAGCGGUGCGGUUGAAUAGUGACAGCCCAUUCCACAGCCCAAUCAUGAGGCCAGCCGUCAACGUAAUGCGGAAACUCGUUUCGGGGAAAAGCAGAGUGAAGGGCCGCGAAAACGAAGAUAUUAUCACCUUCCCGGGCCGACUAGAGUGUAUUAGUAAUGUGACUGCUCGACCGUUCGGAAGUGCGGCAGAAGUCAAAGAGCUCCUGGCACGACAAUGCCUAGAGACGGUCAGGUGGUGGGAUAGCAUUAAAUAUCUAGAUCAAGAGCAGAAGGUUAGAAGAUGGAUAGGUAUUGGCCCCGGAAAAGUGGGAAGGAAUCUGGUAGGCAAGGAAGUUGGUAUGCGCGGGACGGACUCGGUUAAAGGCGGCGGCGUUUGGGCCAUCACAGAUCCAAUAGAGAUCGAGGACGUUUUGAAAGGGUUAGAGAAAACAGAGUUUCUGCAAGAGGAUGAGGAAUAA